AUGCUGGACCCACGCCCGCUCUUCCGUGGCGCGGGCUGGAUCUCGGUGGCACUGCUGCUGGCCGACGCAGCUCGCCGGGCCUACGAAAUCCGGCUCUAUGCCAUCCAGGAGUAUGGCCCAGUGAUUCAUGAGUUUGACCCCUGGUUCAACUUCCGUGCCGCAGAAUACUUGGCAAACCAUGGAUGGAAGAGGUUCUUCACCUGGUUCGACCACCAGUCCUGGUAUCCACUGGGCCGUCCUGUGGCAACGACCAUCUAUCCUGGUAUGCAGAUCACGGCCGUGGCGUUGUGGCGGCUCUUGCAGCAAUGGGAUCCAUCGUGGACUCUGAACUUCGUUUGCUGCUACAUGCCAGCAUGGUUCGGGGCUGCGUCCGCCGUCUUCGCGGGGCUCCUGGCCAUGGAGUGCUCCGGUUUGGGGGCCGCGGCGGUGGUUGCCAGCUGGGUCAUGGCCAUCCUCCCUGCCCACCUCUCGCGUUCCGUUGGUGGAGGCUUUGACAACGAGUCGGUCGCGAUGCCCGCCAUGUGCGCGACCUUCUUCUUUUGGUGCAGGGCCUUGCGGUCCCCUCAAUCAUGGCCUCUUGCGGCAAUUGCAGGGCUGGCCUAUGCGUACAUGGCAGCAUCUUGGGGAGGCUACAUCCUCGUGCUGAACAUGGUUGGCCUGCACGCUGGCUUCUUGAUGUUGCUGGGCUCGGAAGGUCAGCUCUAUGCCGCAUACACCCUCUUCUUCACUGUGGGCACCGCAUUGGCCAUUCAGGUGCCGGUGGUAUCUUGGACCCCGUUGCGCUCAGCAGAGCAGCUGGGGCCACUGGUGCUCUUCAUCGUGCUCCAGAUCCGUAAGGCGUUGCAGUUCACCAAACCCAGCGCUCUGCGCGAGCUUGGUUUCCUGGCCGUCCUUGUUCUGGCUGUGGCACUCCUCAUCCCCUCAGGCCUGAUUGGGCCCUUCUCGGUGAGGGUCCGCGCCCUCUUCGUGAAACACACCAAGACAGGGAACCCGCUGGUGGAUUCGGUCGCUGAACACCAGCCCGGGAGCUCCGACGCCUACUUGAACUACCUGGGCACGGUGUAUUUCCUGGCACCUUGGGGCGUGCCAGCACUUCUUCUGAGGCCACGCCGGGACUUGGCCCUCUUCUUGCUGGCGCUGGGCGCCGUGAGCCUCUUCUUCUCGCUGCGCAUGCGACGUCUGGUGAUCUUGAUGGCUCUGCCCGCCUCGGCGCUGACGGGCUGCGCGCUGGGCCAGGCUUUCGACCAACUCUUGGCCCAACCGAUUCUGAAUGGCGGCAGCAGUGGCAGCAGUGGCAGCCAUGGAGCAUGGGCCAAAAUCUCCCAAGUGUGGAACCGGCCCAUGGUUCGCGCUGUGCGGCUCAUCUCUGGUUUCUGUCUCGCUUAUUUUCUUCGGCCCCACGUCGAAGACUUCGCCCAGUUCUGCGAGGACAAGGCCCGCUGGUCCCUCUCACAUCCUCAGAUCGUCACCAAAGCCCGGAAUGGGGCUUUGAUCGAUGACUAUCGAGAAGCCUACCACUGGCUCAAGGAAAACACCCCAGAAGAUGCUCGGGUGAUGUCUUGGUGGGACUAUGGCUAUCAAAUUGCUGGGAUUGCAAAUCGUACCACUUUAGCUGAUGGUAACACUUGGAACCACGAGCACAUCGCCAUGUUGGGCUUGUGCCUUUCCUCGCCUGUGAAUGAGGCCCACGCCAUUGCCCGACACUUGGCGGACUACGUCCUUGUUUGGGCUGGGGGUGGUGGCAAGGAUGAUGUAGGCAAAUCAAAGCACAUGGCACGCAUCGCCAACUCCGUCUACAGCGGGCAUUGCGCGGAGGAUGAUUGCGACGAGUACGGCGUCUUUCCAGAUGGCCGCCCUAGCAAGAUGAUGCGGGAGUCCCUGGUGUACGGCCUCUGCGGAAGGACUGAGCUGGAUGCCAGGCUCUUCGAGGAGGUCUACUUCAGCCGCAAUCGACGCGUGCGCAUCCUGAAAGUGCACCAAGUCUCCGAAGAGUCACGGGCCUAUGCAGCGGAUCCCAGCAACCGCCUUUGCGACGCCCCUGGGAGCUGGUACUGCCCUGGACAAUACCCCCCACAGCUGCUGCGGCUCUUCCAAGACACCUCGAACCUCACCGAGUCCGAGUCGGAGGCCCAAAGCUAUCGAAAGGCCUACGAGGCCCGCGUCCAAGCGCAGCUUCUGCAGCGGCCAGAAGCCAAUGGAGACAAUUUGCCCGAAGGCAGCUACCUGGGCUCCUGCCGGGGCUGUCGGUUGGUGGACUCGAUACUUCGGUGCACCCACUGUCGCUUACCCGGAUCACCCUCGAUGGCCUCUUCUCUGGAUUUGGCAACUUGUUGGAUUCAGCAGGUCAACAACAUCCACGGACAGCUGCAGUGUGAGCCGAAGCCCAACGACGAGAACAUCCCGGCUGGCAGGUACCAGCAGUCGUGCAAAGGCUGCGAGCUCCAAAGCGGACUCCUUGCCUGCAGCCACUGCUCCACAGCGGCAGGGAAGCAGGUCCCAUCGACCUUUCGCCCAGAAGACUGCCCAUCUCCUGCACAAAUCGACAACGACAACGGGAAGCUCACUUGCCAGGGUCUGCCAAAUGAGGGCACGGUCCCAGAGGGGCCCUACCUGAAGUCCUGCCAGGGCUGCCAAAUCCUCCAAGGCUCGCAGAAGCCUCCCGAGCUCCUCUGCAAGCUUUGCCGCCGAGCUGACGGACAGCAGAUACGAGCGGAAUUCCCCGAGGUGCACACACGAUGCCCAGCUCCGUCCCAGCUUGACAACCAGGAUGGCCGCUUGAUAUGCGUCGGCAAGAAAACAGGGAGUCAACAUGAUGGGAUGGGCCGUCCUCACGGAAGGAUGUCAUUGGAGAACUUUGGUGCCUUUUCGACGCUGCUAAUGGACCUGGACCAGUCGAUAACGUCUCCAGACAUUGGCCGACUCUGGUGCGUCCUCGAGAAGGAUGACCAAGCGGAAGAGCCGCUGGUGCGCAUCGAGGAGCUCCUGCGCUGGAUGGGGUCCGUUUCCUGA